AUGUCGGACGGCGAUAUAGCUCCUCAACUGGCCAAAUUGAAGGAAGCGAACAAUAAGAUCAUCGCCACCGAUGCGAUGACCAAGCUGAGUAAUGUGUUGGCCAAUCUGAAUGCCGAGAUCAGGGCCAAUUCGAAUGAGCCGCCAAAGGAAGAGGUCAAGGUGGAGAAGACUGAGUUGGAUUUGUUGAUGGAGAAAAUUAAGCCAACCAAAUGGGGGAAGAAGAGGAAUUUUUCGAGGAUCGACAUCAGUGCCGAUAAAUGGUUUUUGACGUUGGAUAAGGAUGCGUUCCAGAAACUGGCCGAGCCUCCGUCGUUAGCCGAUGGUCUGGAGCUGAAAGAAGAGAAGGUUAGUGAUUUUUGUUUUUUUUUCUUGUUUUUUAAGAGAUAACCGAAGGAAAUCUUAGCGUUUUCACUACUCGUCGAUAUUGCACUUGAACAUCUGUAAUUUUCCAGUUUUCAACUUGAAUGGCCGUCUCCUUUCAGGAACUACGACUACUUGGAUGUGAACUGAUCCAGUCAGGCGCUAUUUUGCUUCGAUUACCACAGACAGCGGCGGCCACUGGGCAAAUUUUAUAUCAGAGGUACUAUUAUCAGAAGAGUUUUGUCCGAUACAACUUUAUUCACACCGUAAUGGCUUGUCUUUUGUUGGCAAGUCGAAUAGAAGAGGCUCCGAGACGACCAAGAGAUGUGAUCAACGUUGUAAAUCGUCUCAAACAACUUUUACAAGAUAAAAAUGGUGAUCGAAAGAGGUGGGUUGAUGGGUUAUAUUAUUUUUAUCUCUAGGCUGCUAAAUAUGGCUUUAGUAAAGUAUGAUGGCUAUUUUUAGAUGUAUUCUGAACUUUUAGGAUUAACUAGGAGUCAUUUCCUAUGAAUCACAAUAUUGAUUUUCAGAUUAGUUCACAUAAAGCUGGACAAAAAUUAUGUUGAACUGAAGAACCUGGUGAUCAAGACGGAACGACGUCUUCUCAACGUUCUUGGCUUUGUUGUCCACGUCCAUCAUCCCCAUAAAAUCAUUAUGUCAUAUGGACAUAUUCUCGGAUUAAGCCAGACCAGGAAGGACAUCCUCAUAAAAGCAUGGAAUUACAUGAAUGACGGACUAAGAACGGAUAUUUUCUUGCGAUACAAGGCCGAGACAAUAGCUUGCGCUUGCCUGUUUUUGGCGGCAAGAACAGUGGAGAAUCCAGUGGUAUUGCCCAGAGAGCCAAGGCCAUGGUAUGAGUUAUAUGACUGCACAAAAGAAGAGAUUGAAGGGAUCUCGCUGAUUCUGUUGAACCUAUAUAACAAUCAGAAGGUGAGUUAUUAUCCAUUUUGUUUUUUGUUUGAUUUUAGGCUUGUUCUGACCAACAUUUUUGAUCUAACGGAUGUUGUUGUAGAUACCCAGCUUUGGCCGUCUCUCGGCUCAUGUAGAAAAGCUCUUCAAGGCCAAAUAUGGAAAGCCAGACCCUCCUCCGACAGUACCGACAAUUACAAUCAAGGAAGAGGAGAAAAAGAAGGACGGCAGGAAGGAUAAAGAGUCAUCGAAAUCUUAUAGUAGGUCGAGGAGUGAUCGGGAUCGAAAAGAGCGAAAAAGAGACCGGUCCAAUGACAGAAACCGCUCCAGAAGUCCCAAGAGAGACAGAAAGGAGCGGAAGGACGAUAGAAAAGAUAGGGAUAGGAGGAGAGAUCGAGACAGAGACACACCACCAUCUAAAGGUGGAUAUGGUAAGUAUAAUAUAAAUUUUGUUGUUUUUUGAGUUUAGAUUGAAGCGAAUAGAAUGAAGACAAUGUGUAUGGGUGAAUAAUGCUGUAUUUCAGACAAACGUCGAGAUCGCGAUCGCCGAGACGACCGAGAUAGAUCAAGGAGAAGAUCGAAGUCUCCAAGAGAUCGAAAAUGAUCCAAAUUUGCUGCGGAAUUUAGUAGUAAACAACGUAGUAAGACAUUAUCGUCUUAUUUUAUGGAACGGGUAUUUUUCAAUUUGACAGUUAUUCUGUUAGGAAAUGAUCUUACAAUAGUUAUAACAAUUUGUUGAACGGACAUCAAUCUUUAUGCGUUUAUUGUUAACUGAAUAAAUUAUUCAUGAAAAAGUCGUGGUUUGACUGGAUUUUGUCUGGAUAUCCAAUUAAAUGCUGUUUUGAGAGAUUUUUUAUAUUAUACAUGGCCUGUUAUGUUGCACAUGGGUUUUUUUGUUAUAAUUUUUUUUACUUUGAUCUUUUAGAUGGAACAAGAGCCUGAGAAAUUGUCCAAAGCUCAACGCUACGAGAAAUUUGCGGAUACCCAAAGGAUUUUGCAAAAAUUUUGGUCGAAUCUAGUGAAAGCUGAAUUGACAGAUCCCAAAAGGCCCCUAAAAAAGCAUUACCUCGGCGUUGCGUCCUCCAAGAAUGUUCAGGAGAGUGUGAAAGACUUGGAGACAUGUGUGAGCCCAUUUGGAAGGGAUGGGAUAUUCGAGGAUGGAAUCCCCUUUUAUCACUACAAACGAUUUGUUCUCUCGGAUGUGGAUCAACGACGGCUGCAAGAGAAUGGUAGGUGAUGUUUUGUUUUGUGUGCUUGGUUUUUAGGCAGUUUAGGAUGGAUGGAAGCAUGUUUUAAUUGUGUUAUAGGCCAGAAGAUCAUUUGCAUGUCAUGGAUAAUAUAAUUUUUUAUGUUUUUACAUUCCAUUGAUGUCCAGAUUGAUCUCUUUUGACGUGUCCACUCAUUUUAGACUUCAAUAUCCUCCGAGCCCGCUUCACUUCUUCGGAAGACCGUCAAAUUCGACGAAAUUGGAACGAUUACUGUAAAUUGACCGGCACCUUUCGUCCCAACGAAGCCUCCGAUAUUUUCAUGGGAAAUACGAAUCAGAAAGGAAAACGGAUCUCGGAUGACCCAUUCUUCUACGCGUUCAUGUGCCGAGGCCUUCUGCAUCGAACUUGUGCGCAAAUGUUGAGGAGGGCCCACACUUUGUUCCACUCGGCUCAAGAAGAGGGAUAUUCGAGGCCGUGGACGCAAAUCGAGGAUAAUCAGUUGAAGGGUGAGUAGAAUAGACUUUAAAUUGUGUGACUGACCGAAUAAUACGGCGACUAGACAGUGGAGGAAUAAGAAAAUCGAGCUAGGAUAUUAUACUUGAUAGCAUUUUCAGAUUUUUUUGAUUUUUUGGUUUCUUUUGCCAAAAAAUUGUCUAAAUUUAUCUGAAAUGUUAUCAAAAUUACAGAUCUUGCCCAGACGUACGGCCAACAAUGGGAGAAGAUUGGCCACAAAAUGAACAGACCCCGAUUUCAUUGCUAUCAAAGGUAUCAGAAAUUGGUCCAAGAAGAGAAAGUCACGGAGGAUGACCUCGCAGUCAAAGUGUUUUAUAGUAAGUAGAGGCUGAAUUGAUUUUUUAUUGAGUAUUUUAGCCCUUAUUUCACAACGAUUUGGCAAUGAUGCGAUGACUGUGGCCAUGAAGGAUCCGAAAGUAAUUAAGGCGUAUGAAGAAAAAGUUAAAUGGAAAAAGAUAGCCAAGAAGACGGGGUGGACAGUGGAGAAGUGCAAAGAGUAUUGGUAAGGGUUUCGUGAAUGAAGUUACAUUUUUUUGGAUAUUGUACUUGAUGGAAAUUGAUUUUUUUGUGAAUUGGGACCUUUAAGGGGGUGAAAUGGAUUUCCAAUCAUAGAAAAUGCCUUAAAAUGCAGAUUGUGUUAUAUUUUACAGAGAUUUAUAUUAUUUUAUGUAUAAAAAAUGUCAAAUUUGCGAUAUUUGACUGAUUUGGUCCUAUCUUCUUUCAGGGAAGAACUCAAAUCGGCCGUCAAGCAGUGCGUUGAUGAACAAGCCUCAACUGACCCGAAAUUGAUCAAACAAGCCCUUCCGGAAGCCCUACGACCAGCUGCUUUCAUCUACACUGCACCUCGAGUAAAGCACGCGUACUCGAAGAGGGAUGCCGCGGAAGCGCUAAAACUUUUCCUAAAAGCGGAAGAAGAGAAUUUGAUUAUCAAAUACAAAAAGAUUGGAAUUUAUAAGCGGUAGGUGCUUGGAUUUUUUUGUUUUGAAAGUUGGGUGUGUAGUAUAAUAUAAAUUUUUUGAUUUUUUAGACUUUUGGAGAGUGAGUCCCUUUCCCAGUACGAUGCGACGCAACGUCGACUGAUCGCCCGUCAUAUUUACUUUAUUAUUAUGCAAUGUGAAGCCAACGGCCUCUUUGAUUGCUUCCCCAAGGAUAAAUGCAGCUUUUAUUGUGAGUUUAUAUCACAAUUUUUUUUGUUGAAGAUCUUGAUAAAAUUUUUAUAUCUCAAUUUGACUUGAUUGUAGAUAAACUCGAAGCCAUCCAGCACCUCUUGGAGAAACGUGCCGAAAAAGAAGAGAAUAAGUCCGAUGAGUCCAGAGGAGACGACGGACUGGAACACUUUGGAAGUGUAGCUGCGGUCCUUCUGGAUUAUGUGGAAUCGAAGGGAUGGGAGCCAAGGACAAGGACCUUUCUGGUCCAUAAAUUGGACGGAGAAAAAAAUGAGGAAGAUGGAGAGGGUCAGGAAGAGGAACCUGAUGAUACUUCAUGGUAAGUAUGGAGUUUUUUUUUUAUUUUGGAAAUUUUUUUAUUAGUACUAGCCAGUCCGAGUAAUUUGCACAGUGCAAAAAUAAAAAAUUGCACGGUGCAAAGUGCAACUUUGUUUUUGCACAGUGCAUGUCGCUGGAGUCACUCUUAGCGUUUGCACUGUGCAGAAAACGUCAGAGUGCGAGCGACAGCCCAGAAAAAGACUUUUGCACGGUGCAAAGAGCAACAAAUUGCACAGUGCAAAGCGAACUUUUGUUUUUGCACAGUGCAUGUCGCUGGAGUCACUCUUAGCGUUUGCACUGUGCAGAAAACGUCAGAGUGCGAGCGACAGCCAGGAAAAGUCUUUUGCACGGUGCAAACAGAAACAAAUUGCACACUGCACUUUUGUUUUUGCACAGUGCAUGUCGCUGGAGUCACUCUUAGCGUUUGCACUGUGCAGAAAACGUCAGAGUGCGAGCGACAGCCCAGAAAAAGACUUUUGCACGGUGCAAAGUGCAACUUUGUUUUUGCACAGUGCAUGUCGCUGGAGUCACUCUUAGCGUUUGCACUGUGCAGAAAACGUCAGAGUGCGAGCGACAGCCCAGAAAAAGACUUUUGCACGGUGCAAAGAGCAACAAAUUGCACAGUGCAAAGCGAACUUUUGUUUUUGCACAGUGCAUGUCGCUGGAGUCACUCUUAGCGUUUGCACUGUGCAGAAAAGGUCAGAGUGCGAGCGACAAUCCUGAAAAAGAGAUUUGCACAGUGCAAAGUGCACUUUUGCACAGUGCAUUUGAGCGCCUUUGCGAACGGACUAUUAAUGAGUGUGAUGUGGUUAGAAUAUGACUUUUGAAAUUUUCAGGCUCAACGAGACGGGCGAGGCCGUUGAAUUCAAAAAGGGUGGCGUGAAACCGAAGCCGGAAGGUCUGCUGAAAUGGAAGAGGAAAAGGCCGUUGUUGAAUCCGGUGGAGGAUGAUUACUGGAAAUGUUUCUUGAACCCGAAUUAUUCAUCAACCCAGAAGGUUCCGGAAAAUGAGGAAAAGAAGGACGAUGAAGAAGAGGAAGACACAUCAAUAUCGGAGAGUAGGUCGAAGAGUGAAGGGGCCCGAAAAAAACGAAAAAGAAAUGAGUCUACUGACACAACCAGCUCAAAAAGCCCAAAGAAAGACAAGAGGAAAGACGAUGGAAAGGAUGGGAAUGGGGAUCAAGAUGGAGAAACAUCACCAACUAAAGGUGAACAUGAGGAUGAGGAAGAAGAAGAGACUUCAAUGAGUCAACGGCAUCGAAAAAAACAGCAGGACCAGUCCAUUGAAACAACCAGCUCAAAAAGCCCAAAGAAGGACAAGAAGAACCCGAAAGACGAUAGCAAAGAAGAUAAUGGAGAUCAUGACGGAGAAACAUCUCCAUCUAAAGGUGAACAUGACGAUGAGGAAGAAGAAGAGACUUCAAAAUCUGAUAGUAGAUCGAAGAAUGGCCGAGAUCGAAAAAAACAAGGGGGCCAGUCCAUUGACACAACCAGCUCAAAAAGCCCAAAGAAUGACAAGAAGAACCCGAAAGACGAUAGCGAAGAAAAGAAUAGAGAUCAAGACGGCGAAACAUCACCAACUAAUGAACAAAACGAUGAUGAAGAAGAAGAUACUUCAAAAUCUGAUAGUAGACCGAAGAAUGGCCGAAAUCGAAAAAAACGAAAAGCAGAUGAGUCCAUUGACACGACCAGCUCAAAAAGCCCAAAAAAGGCAAAAAAGUUAGGAAGGACGAUAGGAAAGAUUGGAAAACAGAUCAAAAAGGAAAAAACAUCUCCAUCUCAAGGUGGACAUGGUAAGUGUAAUGUAGUAAUUUAUUUUUUUGUUGGUUUUUGAGUUUAGUUUGAAGCAAAAAAAGGUGGAGAUGUAUAUGACCUAAUAAUGUCGUUUUUCAGACAAAAGUCGAGAUCUCGACGGCCUAGACGACUGA